AAUAAAGUUUUACAGCAGCCUCACAGCAGGUGGAACAGGUUUGUCCUGUCUGCAGACACACCGGGUUCCUCAGAUAGCUGAUGGGUGUCUUCAGUCUUACCUGUUAGAAAACAAACACACACUGAGGUUGUCUACCCUCACACCGCAAAGAUGAACAUGGUUGCUCAAAUCAUCGGGGACAAAGUGGGAGACAUGGUGGAGGGCGCGGUGAAAAAGACUCUGGGUAUUGAGGAAAAGGAGAAGAAAGGAGGAGUCAAGUCUUGGUUUGGGGGUGACAAAGAAAAGGAGAAGGGAAAAGGAGGAAUCUUUUCCUCUGGGCAUGACGAAAAGAAAAAGGGUGGAGAUGAACAAAAAGGAGGAGGAUUCUUCUCAAAGGUCUUUCACAGAGAUGACGAAGAUGAAAAGGACAACAAGCAGAAGAAAUCUGGAUUUCAAGGCCUGUUUGCUGAAGGCACAGAAGGAGGUGCUACGGGAGGAGGAGAUGCUAUGGGAGAAGACGCUAUGGGAGGAAGUGAUGUGGAUGGUGGAAGUGAAGGACAAACUUUAGCUGUGACUGACAGAGAUCUUUUUGAUGAUUUGAUUGAUGUGGCAAGCGAAACAUCUAAGGAAAACUAAAACGAAGAAAUCCUGACCCUUCUGAAAAUUCUUCAUAUUGUAAUAAGGAGCUGGAGCACAUCAGCUUUUUCUUUUCACAAAUUCCAAAUUGAAUGUUUAUUCAGCAUUUAAAGAAGAAAAACAUUCUAAAUUCAGGUUUUGUUAAUGGGUUUUUAUAAAUGAUUUGUCAUUCAUGUGAAACAUUUAACUAUUAAAGCAGUUUAAACAGUU